UCUUCCUCCCGCGAUGGCAGAUAAACCCCUCACGGCCUCACCGCCUUCCUCCUCUUCAGACUCCAAUCCACCAAACCCACCCCAAAACCCCUCCCAAACCCGCAAACUUCACCUCAAAUUCCCCCCAUUUUUGAACAAAUUUCCUCAUAAUCCCGUCGAAUUCGACCUCACCUCCCCAUCCAUGGAGCCGCAGCUCGCCGCACUCUGCAACCCCCGCCUCCUCCACUCCCCCCAUGCCUUCCUCCCCAAGGCCACCUCCACCUCCACCUCCACCUCCUCGUCGUCGUCGUCGGCGGCGGCGGGGGGAGAAGCCCUCAAGCCUCGCCCGCGUCUCCCGCCACCGCAGCAGCAGCAGCCCGGCGUCUCCCACCACCACCACACGCGGCGGCGGAGGGAGCUGGGCGCCGCCGCGCUCGCCUCCCUCUGCGCGGGGAUCGAGGCGCUGGCCGCCGAGGGGCGGCACGACGAGGCGCGCGACGCGUUCCGCGGGGCGCGCGCGGGCGCCCCGUUCACGCCGCUGCCGGCGUCCACGUACGACGCGCUGGUGGCCUCCGCCGCCGCGCUGCGGGAGCCCGGGUUCGCCGCGGCGGUGCUGUGGCACGUCGAGAGCUCCGGGUUCGAGCCCGGCCAGCGCGCGUGGAACCGCGUGCUCCGGAUGCAGCUCGCGUGCGGGAUGCUCGCCGAGGCGCGGCAGGUGUUCGACGGAAUGCCCGCGAGGAGCGAGGCCACCUGGGGCACCAUGAUGGGCGGGCUGAUCGACGCUGGGCGCCCGCGCGGCGCGCUCGCGCUGUUCCGGGAGCUGUGGGAGGAGGUGGGCGGGGAUGCUGCGCCAAGGGUGGUGGUGGUGGCCGUCCGUGCCGUGACGGCAUUGGGGUCGGCGCGUGCCGGGCAGCAGCUGCACUGUUGCGUUGCCAAGACAGGGAUGUACGAGGACCAGUACCUGUCGUGUGCGCUCAUCGACAUGUAUAACAAGUGCGGGAAGCUUGAUGAGGCGAGGCGGGUGUUUGACGGGGUGCCUCAGAAGAGUGUCGUAGCGUGGAACUCCAUGCUCGCGUCGUAUUCGCUUCAUGGAUGCAGUGAGGAGGCAUUGGAUUUGUAUCACAGCAUGUGCGAGGGUGGUGUUGACAUAGACCAGUUCACGUUCUCCACGAUGCUCAGGGUUUUUUCUAGGCUGGGCUUGCUGGAGCAUGCAAAGCAAGCUCAUGCUGGCCUGAUUCAGACAGGGUUACCUCUGGACAUUGUCGGGAACACGGCACUGGUGGAUCUAUAUUGCAAAUGGGGUCUGAUGGAAGAUGCAAGGAAUGUUUUUGAGAGGAUGCCUAUCAGGAAUUUGAUCUCUUGGAAUGCUCUAAUAGCAGGCUACGGCUAUCAUGGCAUGGGGCAAAAGGCUAUUGAGAUGUUCGAGGAGCUAAUAGCUGAGGGAAUUGCUCCAAACCAUGUUACAUUUCUAGCUGUACUAAAUGCAUGCAGAUUUUCUGGCUUUGUUGAGGAAGGGAAGAGAAUUUUCCAGUUGAUGACUCAAAAUCAAAGAACAAAACCACGGGCGAUGCAUUAUGCUUGUAUUAUCGAGCUUUUUGGUCAACAAGGGCGAUUAGAUGAAGCCUAUUCAAUGAUAAGGAAAGCACCGUUCAUCCCUACCGCGAACAUGUGGGGUGCCUUGCUCACUGCUUCCAGGAUCCACAGGAAUUUGCAGCUUGCUAGAUUAUCUGCUGAGCAACUGUUGGCGAUGGAACCUCAGAAAAUAAAUAAUUAUGUUGAGCUUCUUAACUUGUAUAUUAACUCUGGGAGACAGACUGAGGUCUCAAAGGUUGUCAAUACUUUGAAGAGGAGGGGUUUAUGUAUACAUGCUGCUUGUAGCUGGAUUACUGUUAGGAAAAAAGAUCACAGGUUUUUCUUUAAAGAUAGUCUCCAUCCACAAAGUUCUGAAAUCUAUAGGAAGUUAGAUUCAUUAUUGAAGGAGAUAAAACAACUUGGUUAUGUUGCUGAGGAGAAUGAAUUGCUCCCUGAUAUUCUUCCUGAUGAACAAAAGACAUCGAAAGUUUACCAUAGCGAAAGACUUGCCGUUGCUUUUGGCCUUAUCAGCACAUCUUUGUCUACUACCUUGAGGGUCACCCAGUGCCAUCGGUUGUGCCAUGACUGCCACAAGGUAAUGAAGUUUGUAACACAAGUUACCAAGAGGGAAAUUGUCAUAAGGGAUGGUAGUAGGUUUCACCACUUCAAACUCGGGACCUGUUCUUGCGGUGACUACUGGUAACUAGCUGCUCAUUUGCAGAGGUUCUGAAACCAAUUCUGGACUGGAAAUAGCAUGGUUUAAUGAGGACAAAGCAGUCUGUUGAUUUCUCAAUUGUUUGUGCGGACUACUUGGUAAUUGACCUUCUGUAAAAGCAGAAUCUGCAAAAGUGGCCUGAAUAUGUGACAGAUGGGCUUUCACACUGGAGAUGCUAAUCUUUACUUGUGUCCUUUAAGGAAGGAAUAAAGCUCAUAUGUAACAAAGGAUCAAAGGAAAGUAUAAUACUUUCAGCAUCUAUUGACAGCUAAUUUCUACUCAGUUCAUAACUACAUCAUAGUUGGAGAAAAAUUCUCCUGUUCUACUUUUGCUCUCAGCUCUUUAUUCACCGAUUACCAAUAAAAAGGGGUACACCUCCUUCGUUGUAAGCAGGCAAACAAGAUUGUUCCUCCCAUAACUGCUCUCAGCUUAUCCUGCUUCCAUAACUUCUCUCGGCUGAUAGAAGAUAUACGUUUGAGAACACGCUGCGAUGGCAAGAGCAACAAUUGGGGCUGCUAUUCUUGUCUGUGUGGUGAUUUUAGCGCUGGAUGUUACUGCUGGCAUACUAGGACUUCAGGCUCAGAUUGCUCAAAACAAGGUUAAAACGGUGAGGAUGUUGUUCAUCGAAUGUGAGCAAUCAUCCUCCAAAGUAUACCAGUUGGGCCUCGCGGCUGCAGUGCUCCUUGUAGCUGCCCACGCAGUGGCUAACUUUCUCGGAGGCUGUGCCUGCAUCUGCUCUCAGAUGGAGUUCAUCCGGGCUUCCAUCAAGAGGAAGCUGGCAGCGACUCUGAUAGUCCUCUCCUGGCUUGCUCUUAUUGCCGGAUUCUCGCUGCUGCUCGCCGGUGCCAUGCGCAACUCCAACCCCCGGAGAAAUUGCAGCUUUGCGCAAGGCCAUACCCUGGAUCUCGGAGGGAUCCUGUGCUUCGUCCAUGCCGGGGUCACCGUCGCCUACUACGUCACCGCCAACGCUGCAGCAUACGAACUUCCUUAGAGAUCAUGCUACGAGCAAGCUGAUACUUUAUCACACACGAGAUCAUCACCUGAUCACCAACCAUUCUUUCCUUCUUUUUUUUUUCUUAACCUGUUGUUUUUCCAUUCAGUUUGUGAUUCAGCUUUUGCAAAUCAUGGAAGCAUCGAUCGAGUUCUGUAUUGUGUUGAAGUCAAAAGGGAAAUUGAUAUACUUGUGCUUUAGUUACCUUUCUUUGCCCUAGGAGCUUGACAUUGUGUUAUUUGCCACGGAAACAUGCUCAUUUAGGGGAGAAAUGAGUUUACCAUCUAUCUAUAUGUUUACAAAUUAUACCA